AUGCACCGUGUCAUAGCUGUUCCUAGACACGUUCCGGCGACGGUUAGACAAGGCCUUGUACGGACUUCUCGCAGGCGACUAGCCUCCACCACCUCCACCUCCAAUGCCACAUCUGAUUCUAAAUCCGCGAAAGUCGUUCGUAGGAUUUUAUUCUACACUGUGGCAGCGACAGGCACGUUCUACAUCGGUAGCACAUUUGUUGCCUUCGAGAACCAGCAGUACCGAGAACUGUUCACCGAAAACGUUCCUUUUGGAAAGGAACUCGUCGAGUAUGGCGAAGUCCGCAAGUGGGAUGAGAUUACCAUUGAACAGGUUGUGGUGGCUACCGUAGACACCUACAAGACCAUCAACAACUUCAUACAGCGGCAGCUGGGUAACCUGCCGACGGAGGAAACAAUUGAGAAGACGGCCAAGUCAGCACUCAAGGAGUCCAAAGAGCGCGUAAAGUCUGUCGCUGCAUCACUCAAGACUGCUGUAAAGAAAGUGGAGGACGAGACGGUCCCGGAAGCAACCGCAAAAGCAAUUUUUAUUGCACGACAACACGGUGCACAGUUCGCUGAUGAAUUGGACGACCUAAUCCGCAAAGCGGAGGCAGCUCUUUCUGGGAAUUCUGUUGACUCUCUUCAUAAGGCGACAACCGCACCAGCUCAGCCCGAAUCCUCUCCAGAUACCAUCCUGCCGCGCGAUGACACUGACCUCAUAAUUGUAUCGGACAAGAGUCCUGAUAAUGUCGUGGUUUAUGCUGCCCCGCUUCCUAUCGGCUUCGAACCCCCACCCGGCUAUGAGCGCCCCGCACCGCCAAAGCCUGCCCCGAAGGCCGCUGCGGAAACCACACCUGUGUCCCUGCCUCUGCCUCUUGUUGCUCCAGCCGUGUCUGAAGUCGCUGUAUCUGAGCCCGUGAUCACCCAGCUCGCAUCCACAAUCGACAACCUCGCCUCUUUCCUUGCCUCCAACCCUGCUGCCUCCGAAAAAGCCAAAGAUGUUCUUGAGGUUGCCAAAGCUGACCUCACUGGCCUCGCGGCACGUAUUGAGAAGAUCAAGGAGGAUGAGAAGCUGCAGCUAGAGAUGAAGCUCGACGAACAAGCACGGGAGUAUACCACAAAGCUUCUCGAGCUCGAGCUUGAGGCACAGGAUAAACUGGAUUCGCAACAAGACGGCUUCAGGAAAUUCUACGAUGAAGAACGUGGUAGGUUCGCGCAGGUUUACCGUGAGAAGCUGGAGCAGGAAUUACGCACACAGACAGAACUUAUCAAUGAGCGGUUGAAGGAGGAAGUGAUCGCGCAGGGCAUAGAGAUGCAGAGGCGGUGGAUCCGCGAGGUCAAAGUCCGUGUCGAGCAAGAACGCGGGGGUCGUCUCGCCAAGCUUGACGAGCUCGCAACAAGCCUCAAACGCCUUGAACGUCUCGCACUCGACAAUUCUUCCUACCUCGAUGAGAAUAUUCGCGUGCACAGCAUGUGGACUGCCAUACGUGCUAUUCAGAGUGCUGUCGACGCGUCUCUACGCAAGCCAUUCCGUGAAGAGCUCCGUGUGCUCCGACACAUCGCAGUCGCCAAGGAAGACACCAUCAUCACUGCAGCAUUAGACUCCCUUGAACAAAGUGACAUGCCUGACAUUGGCGUUGAGCCGUUUGCAGAUCUUGCAUCGUGGUUUAGUACCUCCGUUCGGCCACGCGUCUCGAGCGUUGCUUUGGUCCCCGAUCAGGAUGCAGGUGUGCUCACACACCUGGCUUCGCACUUUCUUUCUUUGUUUAGGUUCCAGCGGCAUGGACUUGUUCCUGGGUCGGACGUGCUGAGUAUAUUGUCGAGAGCGGAGUAUUACAUGAAUGAGAAGGAUCUUGAUAGUGCUGCAAGAGAGUUAAAUCAAGUGAAAGGAACUGCAAGAGAGCUGCUCCAUGAUUGGCUGGAAGCUGCACGGAGACGAUUGGAGGUUCUGCAGGCUCUCGAGGUGAUACAAUCACAAGCAACAAUUGCAUCGCUGCUUGUCGUAUAG